CCGUGAGAAUCCGCGAAAAUGUACCAGCGACCACGGAAACACGAACACCAUAUACAUGUAUACGGGUCUGGAAUAACGUGAUUGGCCGCCGCGUCCGGGGUACGCGUUAUGGCGUCCGCUCGAUCUACGCUUUCAUUGGAGCCUGAAACACGUGACUCCUAUUCCACAACGGUCCUGGAACGAUGUUGCCGAGUUUCAGUCUAACCUAAACUCUUUGCCUGAAACCUGACCGUGGUCGAGCCGAGUCCCGCAUGUUGUUUUGACAUCUCACUCCGAUCUACGUCGCUGGAAAAAAAAUGCUACACUUAAGGCAGCUCGGAGUUCGUUUUAUCAGCACAUCUGCAGCUUCAAGGGCAACUAAGGCAAACAAACUGUUAGAUUCAAUUAUAAGAGUAGAUCAUGCUGGAGAAUUAGGAGCUGAUAGAAUAUAUGCUGGACAGAUGGCUGUUUUAGGCAGGACUCCAGUUGGUCCAACUAUCCAACAUAUGUGGGAUCAAGAAAAAAGGCAUCGACAAAAAUUUGAAGAUUUAAUUAGAAAAUAUCGUGUGAGACCCACCGUUUUGACACCUGUUUGGAAUGUUGCUGGUUUUGUUUUGGGUGCUGGUACAGCACUUAUGGGAGAAAAAGCAGCUAUGGCUUGCACAGUGGCCGUAGAAACAGUGAUCACAGAACAUUACAAUGAUCAAUUACGUACUUUAAUGGAUAGUGGUGAAAAAGUGGAUGAAGAAUUGUUAGAUACCAUAAAACAGUUCAGAGAUGAAGAACAAGAACACCAUGACACAGGUAUAAAUCAUGGAGCGGAACAAGCACCAUUCUACCAAGCAUUAACAAAUGUGAUUAAGUUCGGCUGUAAGACAGCCAUAUCAAUAUCUAAAGUAGUAUAAUCUAUUAUAGUAGUUUAUUUAUAAUUUUUCAUCCGUAUGUAGAAUUUAAUAAAUAAAAAAAAAGGAUCUUGUUUUAUA